AUGGGUGAAUAUUUUAGUGGCAGCAUGCCGAAGCUCGCGCGGUCAUUGAUACCCAUAGCGGACGCGUCCUCAUGGUACUGCGGCGUCGUUUUGCUCACGCUUAUUCUCCUGCUGGCCGGCUCCGGCAGGGACGAAACUCAAAAUUACUACGAUAGAUCGGAUUUUACAACGGUGGUCACGGCCGGAAAUCAGCUCCGGCGUCCCUGCGACGAGAUCUAUGUGGUCGGAGAAGGCGAAACACUCCACACGAUCAGCGAUAAGUGCGGGGACCCUUUCAUCGUCGAGCACAAUCCUCAUAUCCACGAUCCCGACGAUGUUUUCCCCGGCCUUGUUAUUAAGAUCACUCCAAAUAAUCAUAAUACCCGCUGA